GCCGAGUUUGCCUUUCACACUAUCAGUGACCAUCUCGUGAUGCCCUCCGAGUAUACCACCUCGUCCCUGGAUAGCAAUAGGCGUCUCGCUGAGACCGCUUCUCGGUUCUUCUUUUCGGCUCAUAUUGGGUUUUCGCAGGUCAUUCUGUUGAAUAACCGCAUGUCCCGGACUGUGGAGGACAAUGCUGUUGAGAUAGCUAAGCUGAAGAAAAGCGCC